AUGGAGAGGUCCAAGAUGUUUCUCCUCUCGCUGACAAACACUGAGCACGUAGUGAUACACGCGUGGAGCAUUGCUCUGGCGGUCAUCACUCAGGUGACCUCUGACAUCUUCUAUAUUCUGGCGAAGGACAGCAAUCUGCCCAACGCUCUGUUUCAGACUUCACUGAGGAACAUGACGGAGACCUUCCCCCUGGAGGUGACUAUGGACUGGUGGUCAGAAAUUUACUGGGUUAUGAUCGACUUUUGGUCAAAGGCUUGGCUCACGGAAGCGGUGGUCGGCCUUUUAACAAGAAAUGUCCUCGGUCCUCAGUCUUGCAAUCCAGAAAUCCACCCUCCAGUGUUUUACCUGAUGUGGACGAUCAUUUGCAUCGUAAGAAUGUGCCACGACCUUCUAUGGGGCAGUCACGCUGUGUUUGCGGCAGUCUUCCUCCGAUGGCUGCUCCCCGUCCUCGGCUUCUACAUGCUCUACAUGUCCUACUCCAACCUGGACAAGCACAGAGCCUGGCUGGCCAUCAACAACCCCAGGCUGAUCUUUUGGAUCCGUUUCCUGACCCAGAACGGGUUGGCAGCGUUCGCUUGGUGGUCUCUCUUGGAUGCUAUAGAGGGUUUUGGCAUCGUGCUCAAGUACAAAGCUGAUGUGACGGACCCACUUGUCAGCAGCAUCGUGCUCACCAUCAUCACCAUGUGCAUUAUAACCUGGUUCUUUCUUGAGAACUUCCUGUUGACCGAGUACCUGCGCUACACAUUCAGCGUUUACCCCUUCCUCAUUCUGGGCUUGGCUUCCAUUUUUACCCGGAGCUAUAAAGUGAAUGACUUCUCCGCAAACACCGUCUUCUGUGGGUUUAUUCUACUCCUGAUGACCCUCAUGAGCGUGAUCCACCUCAUCUCCGCAUGUUUGUACACAAAUAAGCAGAGGAACCCUCCCGCAGAGGAGCGUGAAGGCUGUAUGACAGUGUGCCAACCCGAAGGCAAGAUGGAGCAAACAAUGCACAACUGA